AUGACAUCGAAAAAACAGAAAAAAGGCAAAACUAUACCAUUGACAGAUUUUCUUGCUGCUGAAUCAAAAUUAGUUACUGUUCGAGCAACAAAUUGGUCAGAAAUAGUUGAUAGUGAAGAAGCAGAAGUAAAACCUAUUGUUGUUGACAUUGGUAUUUUACCAACAGCUCCUCGUAGUGCUCAUGAUUUUGAUUUUAGUACUGUACCAACUAAUCCUCCAUUUGUUGCACAUGUUGCUAAUCUAUCAUUUGAAGUUGAUGAUGAAGGUCUAAGAAGAAUAUUUGCUGAUUUAAAUCCAAAAACUGCUCGAGUAAUACGAGAUGGUAUACGUAGUCGAGGUAUUGGUUUAGUUGAAUUUGAAACACGUGAUAAUUUAAUUGAAGGAUUGAAAAGAUCCGAUAAAGAAGUCUAUGGACGUAAAAUACGUAUUAAUAUUUCGGAUAAACCUGAUUUACAUAGUGAUAGUGGACGAGGAACAUUUGGUAAUAAUCGAUCGAAUCGUGGUGGUGGUGAAGAACGACCAGAAAUGGCUGAUAGAUGGAAAAGAGCUGAACCCCGACCCGAUGACACAUCUGAUGAUCGUCCAAGUGGUGGGUUUAAUCGUGAUAGACAAAAUCGUGGUGAUCAUGGGCGACCGAGUAUGGGUAAUACUUCACGAGAUGGUCAACAUGGCAAUGAUUAUGGAUUUGGUUAUCCACGUACGAGAGAUGAUCGUGGAAGUGGAGGUGGAGGUGGUGGUAAUCGUGAUUAUAAUCGACAAGGACAACGUAAUCGUUAUCAAGAUGAUACUAAUCGACCGAGUGGUGGAGGCGAUAGACCUCAUUAUGCAGGUCGAUAUAGUGAUACACGUGAUACACGUGAUCGAAAGGCUGCGAAUGAUGAUACUCGUGAUGAUCAACGAGAACCACCACGUGAACGUCAACGACUUCAACUUCAACCACGUACAAAACCAGUUGAAGAAAAUCAACCAUUAUCCGGUUCAUCAUCAUCUAUUAAUAAUAUUGGUCAAUCAUCAAUAUCAAAUCCAGAUGAAUCACCAUCACCAAUAACAAAUAAACCUACUCAACAAAUAGAAGAUUCAUCAUUAAAUGAAAAUCCCGAUGAAAAUCAAGAACAAGAAUCACGAGAUUCAAAUGAUAAUACUUCUCGAGUUAAUACAUCCGAUGAACAAUCAACAGUAAAACCAGCACGUGGUGCUGGUGCUUCUAUAUUUGGUGGAGCUAAACCGGUGGAUACAACUGCUAGAGAACUUGAAAUUGAAAGAAAAAUGAAAGAAUUUCAAAUGACUGCAAGUGAAACAUCGGCUGAUAAUGAAGAUAAAGGAACUUCAUCUAGGCCAUCACAUAAUCGUGGUAGUGAACGAGACGCUUAUCGUGGUAAACGGUCAUCACAAAAUGAUGAGGGUCGAUCUGGUCAUGGUGCCGAUUACCAUCAUAAACGAGAAUUUAGUGGUGGACGACAGUAUGAGGAUGAGGGUCGAAAACGUAAUGAUGAUCAUCGUCGUGGUGGUGAUGGUGGUGGUGGUGGUGGUCAUGAUAGAGAUCGUUAUGGUGGUGAUGGUGGUGGUGGUGGUCAUGAUCGAGAUCGUUAUGGUGGUGAUGGUGGUGGUGGUGGUCAUGAUAGAGAUCGUUAUGGUGGUCAUGAUCGAGAUCGUUAUGGUGGUCCAUCUCGACGUGAUAAUGAAUCUGGCCGUAAAGGCAAAUAUAAUCAUCACAAUCAAUCAGAACGAGAUAAUGAACGUGGUAAUUAUCGACCUCGUGAUCGUGAUGAUCGUAAUCAGGAUACAAGUGAACAUAAUAAUCCUGGUCGUUCAUCAAAUAAUAAUUUUAAUACUGAAUCACAAUCUAGAAAUCAACCACGAGGAACAACACGGCGGACAGUUCAAACUGAAGAUGCUUCACAUAAACUUCAAUUGUCGAAUAAAUUUGGUAUGCUUGACGAUGAUGAUCCAGAUAAUAAUAAGGAUGAAAAUGAUGAUGUUCGAAGUCCAAAUAUUGAUGGAUAA